AUGGCUUUCGCAGUCGGCAAACGAGCUGCCUGGUCGCGGCUCUCGCAACUCCCUUAUCGAACUCCAGUCCGCCGUUAUGCUGCCAGUGCUGCCGCAGUCCCUACGUCCUCUACAGUGCCUGUCUUGGACCACAAUCAAGCCCAGCGUGAAGCUUCAUUGCCGAAUGCUGACCCAUCAGCGGACUCCGCUACCGCGGCCUUCCUCAACCAGUCUGCGCCUUUCAUGGUCCCAACCUACGUGCGACCGCCGCCUAUGAUGGUACAAGGAGAAGGCUGUAUAUUAUAUGACAAUGAAAACCGACAAUACCUCGAUUUUACGGCUGGAAUAGCUGUCAAUUCGUUGGGUCAUUCAGACCCCGAGCUUAGCAGAAUUAUUGCCCACCAAGCACAACAGUUGAUCCAUGCCUCAAAUUUAUACCACAACCCGUGGACGCCAACUUUGUCCAAGCUUCUGAUUGAGGAGACAAAGAAACAAUCUCCCGGUUCCCCUUUCACACAAGUCUUCAUCUCCAACUCGGGAUCCGAAGCCAAUGAAGCUGCGAUCAAGUUUGCCAGAAAAGUCACCUAUGCUAAGGAUCCAGACACCAAGCAGAGGGAUAUCGUAUCCUUCCAUGGAUCCUUCCACGGACGAACGUAUGGUUCGCUAUCAGCAACACCGAACAAGAAGUACCAGCCUCCAUUUGGCCCCAUGCUACCCGGCUUCCGUUAUGGCACAUAUAAUGAUGUAGCAGCGGUGCAAGAUCUUGUUAAUGAGAACACUGCCGGAGUGAUCGUAGAGCCCAUUCAAGGCGAGGGAGGCAUUAACGUGGCGACUCCAGAAUUCCUCCAAUCACUGCGCAAGAGAUGCGACGAAGUUGGAGCUGUGCUGAUCUUCGACGAGAUCCAAUGUGGGCUUUCUCGGACUGGGGAUCUAUGGGCAUACACGGCUUCAGGAGUACAUCCUGAUAUAUUAACCUCUGCGAAAGCACUGGGUAACGGAAUCCCAAUUGGAGCCACCCUGGUGUCGGGGAAGACUGUCGCGCCUUUCAUCAAAACCGGUGACCACGGCACGACGUUUGGAGGUAAUCCAUUUGCUUGUCGGGUUGGACAUCACGUGUUCGGCCGCCUCGCAAAGCCACAGCUGCAGGAGGAGGUCAGGGUCAAGUCUAGAUUGUUCUUCAGCGCCUUCGAGACAAUGAAGGAGAAGUUCCCAGGAGUUGUUUCCGAAGUCAGGGGCCGUGGUUUGAUUGUCGGGUAUCAAUUGAGCGACUCGGCCAAAGCAAAAGCUUCAGACGUCAUCACCGCGGCACGAGAACGAGGUCUUCUCAUCAUCACAGCCGGAGACGGUGUUUUACGAAUUGUACCUCCCUUGGUCAUUUCCGCCGAAGAGAUCAAUCGAGGUCUUUCAAUACUGGAGGAAGCGAUGACGGUGGUCUACAAAAGCUCCUGA